AGAGAACCCGGAUGUGACUGUGACAACCAGAGAUCAUCAGCAGGAAGCUGUUUUAAUGUUUUAAUGUUUUAAUGUUUUAAUGUUGAAACUGGUGUUUUAAUAAGCAGACAGCCGCCUGGAGAGAUCACUGAAGGUCUCAUCUUCACCUCAGAGGAGCAGAAACACUCUCACAGCUCGGUUGGUGGCGGGCGGCUGAGAGGAGCGCAGCGGGAUGAGCGGCGCCGCUCUGGGUAUCGAGAUCGUGGUGGUGUUCUUCCUGGCGUUGUUCCUGCUGCACCGGUAUGGAGACUUCAGGAAGCAGCAGCGCAUGGUGCUGUUCGGCACGCUGCUGGCCUGGUAUCUGUGCUUCCUCAUCGUCUUCAUUCUACCUCUGGACGUCAGCACGACCAUCUACAAGCAGUGUAAGAUAGACCACGAGGACCACGCCUCGGUUCCCACCGCCAGCCCCGGACCGGCCAAUCACACCGCGGCUAACACAUCUGUCACACCCACCAGGAGCAGCAUACCAAAGCCCUGCUACAAGCCGUGGAGCUACAUCCCUGAUGGCAUCAUGCCCGUGUUCUGGAGGGUGGUGUACUGGACGUCUCAGUGUCUCACAUGGCUGCUGCUGCCCUUCAUGCAGUCCUACGCCCGCUCUGGAGGCUUCUCCAUCACGGGCAAAAUUAAAACCGCUCUGAUAGAGAACGCUAUUUAUUACGGGACAUACCUGCUCAUCUUCGGCUCGCUGCUCAUUUACGUGGCUGUUCAUCCUCAGUGGCACCUGUCCUGGUAUGAGCUGCAGACCAUCGGGAUCACGGCGGCGAACACCUGGGGCCUGUUCCUGCUGGUGCUGCUGCUCGGCUACGGUCUGGUGGAGAUCCCUCGGUCCUACUGGAACGCCUCCCGACACGGACACCUGCUCAUCAAGACCUACUUCAAGGCGUCCAAGCUGAUGACGGAGAAGGCCGACGCAGAGGAGAACCUGGAGGACGUCAUGGAGGAGGUGAGAAAAGUCAGCGAAUCCAUCAAGUACAACCAUCCGCUGAGGAAGUACAUCGAUACCAUCCUCAGGAAGUGCCCGCUGGACUACCAGGAGAAGAUGGGCCGGAACAUGGACGACUACGAGGACUUUGACGACAAACAGAACACGUAUCCCAGCGAGAAGAGUCUGGUGAAGCUUCAUAAACAGGUGAUCUAUGCGGUUCAGAGACACAACAGGACUCGUGUCCAGUGGCAGAUCCUCCUGCAGCAGGCCAUCCACCUGGAGGACGUCGCCAAGAACGAGACCAGUUCAGCCCACCAGUUCGUCCACAGCUUCCCGUCCUCUGAGCCGGCUGGCUGGUUCAGCAGAUACGUGUACACGUCAACCGUAGAGUGGUACUGGGAGUGUCUCCUGAAGAGCUGGUUCCUCCGGCUGCUGUCGGUGGUUCUGACCCUGUUCAGCGUGGCCGUGGUCUGGUCCGAGUGCACCUUCUUCAGCACGCGGCCCGUCCUCUCCCUGUUCGCUGUGUUCAUCCAGCUGGCUGAGAGAGACUAUAACUACCUGUACAUCGAGAUGGCGUGCUUCAUCACCAUCUUCUUCCUGUGUACCUGCGUUUACUCCACCGUGUUCCGCAUCCGGGUCUUCAACUACUACUACCUGGCCUCCCAUCACCAGACCGACGCCUACAGCCUCCAGUUCAGCGGCAUGUUGUUCUGUCGUCUGACGCCUCCUCUGUGUCUCAACUUCCUGGGUUUGAUCCACAUGGACUCGGCCAUCUCCCACCAGCUGAAGGAGCAGACCGCCUACACCUCCAUCAUGGGGUCGAUGCGUGUCCUCUCUUUCAUCGCUAACGGUUUCUACAUCUACUACCCGAUGCUGAUCGUCAUCCUCUGCAUCGCCACCUACUUCAGUUUGGGGACUCGCUGUCUGAACCUUCUGGGCUUCCAGCAGUUUGUGGGUGACAGUGAAAUGACCUCCGACCUGAUCGACGAGGGCAAGGAGCUGAUCCGCCGCGAGAAGAGGAAGCGCCAGCGGAUUGAAGACGGAGAGACCAGACGGAGAGAGUGGAAGGAGCGUUAUGGAAACCAGAGAGAGGAACACACGGCGAGGAACCGGAGCAGCCACGAGAUGAAGGAGACCAGUUACUCUGACACGGUGGCGCCCGCCAACAACAGACAGGCUAAAUAUUCCCGCUCUGGGAGUCGCUCGGAGAGAGACUGCAUCGAGCUGCUGCAGGACGCCGAACCGUUAGACUUCAACGCCGAGUCUCUGACGGACGACCCUCUGGAGGCCGAGUCCGGCAGACAUGCAGGAGGACGAUAUCUGUCCAUGUCGUCGUCUCGCAGCCGAAUAUUCGACGACGUCUGACGGGGAGAAUAAAUCCGAACGGGAACCGUGAACUGGAACGCCGCCGUCAAACAGGAAGUGAAUGUGCCAACAUGACCUCCAUCUCACAGCUCGCUGGCCGUCUCAUCUCACAGGAUGCAUGGUAACUACAAUCAGUCUCUGCAUCGGGUUUCACGCCCAGCUUGGCUGCAGCUGAACGAAGGCACUUUAGAAGGAAUAUUAAUGCUAUAAACGUGACCCUCUGAUAUGAAUGCAGGUUAUUGAUCCUGGAUUAGUUUGAGCUGCAUGUCAUGACGGCGGGAGUCUGAGCAUGCUCAUCAGUCUGCAGCGGCUGCAUGUCCACGCGGCACUUUAAUGAACGGUUCAAUGAAGGUCCAUGAAGUCUAUUUAUAUUCUUUAUUUAUCUGUAUGUCAUGAUAGAAACAGCCACUGAUCAACAGCUGAUCAAUAGCUAAUCAAUAGCUGAUCAACAGCAGAAUAUCUCAUUUCAUUCUAAUCAUGAAGGAAGCUGUGUUUAAUCACUACUCAAUACUUCAUCUUCUUAUAUUAAAGCAUUUUUCAGUUUAAAGCCGAGUCCUUUUCCUCGCCGGGUGUGACGACACGUUUGAACAAAUAAACGGACGUGUUACAUCGUUACAUCUCCACAGUUCAGUUUGACAGAAGCCACGAUCACCAGCGUAUAAUGAAUUCAGCUUUAUGAUGCUGUUUGCUGUUGGACUGCCCCGUUAGGUGCUGCCUCCCUCUGUGUUGUUUUUGAAAAGGCUAAACGCCAACAAAUAUGGAUCGAAGCGAUUGAAACAUUGAAGUGUUUCGUAGUAUGACAUGUUUGGUACCGAUGGAUUCAGGUUUACUAAUUUCAUAUGAUGCCAGUAUCCGACAUUUUAAGGACUUUUUUGGGACUCUUUUUUACAUUUUUCAGACUUUUUUUUGGACCCUCACA